AUGCAAAAUGAGAUUAGAAUUGAUUUACUGAGGUCAGCCCUGAUAUCACAAUCUGGAGAUAUAUAUGAUUUUGAUGAUGUCCAGGAGUUCCUUCUCAGGCGAGAUUUCCGUAAACCGGUCGAAAUCAGAUUCCUUGCAUGGCUCAUUAGAUUUUCAAUUAUACCAGCAGCAAGAUCUGAAUGGGUAUCUAAAUUACAAUCAAAAUAUUCCGCUUAUAAAGUACUUUGUCAGCAUUUUUUUAAAGAAUCAAUCGAUACUCCUCUUGUAAAACUAGAAAACGACAUUGCUUAUACAAUCAGAGUUGAUAUUGAAAGAACUCAUACUUGGUUUUUAAAUUUAGCAAAACUUCUUCAUAUUCCGCAAACUUUUCUCGAAAAUACAAAUAUUAUGGUCGAAAGAAUACUUUCAGUGAUAACCCUUGAUACUCCUAAUCUCUCUUAUGUACAAGGUCAUGAUAGAUACGCAUGGAUUUCUCUUUUAAUCGGAUUAUUUUUUAUUGCGAAAGGAGGAUUGAAUGCUGAUUUUGCCGAAGCAAUGGCUUUCUAUUUAAGUCGCGCUUUCAUCGCUUACAAUCCAAUUUCUCAAGAUAUCGAAAAUUUUUCAAAAAUUGAAGCUCAUUUCAAGAUUCUUGAUGCUCUUGUAGAAAAGCACGUACCAGAAGCAUAUGCUAUGCUUAACAGCGUUGGUCACAGCUCAAUGCACUACGCUCUGAAGUGGGAAUUAACAUUAUUCGCAGAUGAGCACAAUAUUCACGAAUUAAUGUACCUCUGGGAUCAAAUUCUUGGUAGACUUGAAGAUAUUACCGAUUUCCUACGCUAUUUAUGCGUUGCUCAUAUUCAACAAGUUCCAAUUCCAAAAAUGGCCGACGAAAUGGCCCAGGCGAUACAGAGAAAUAGAAAUUGGGACUUACCACAUCUUAUAGACUUCGCUGAUUCGUUGUUGAUGCAAACAAGAGGCGGAAUUAGUUUUAUUGAGAAAAUCAGAUUUUUGUACUUGAAUUAUUGCGAGAGUUGCAUGGUAUAA